AUGGUCAUCCCUUCAUUGCAGUUUUUCUUGAAGGAUUCUCAACGAGUAAUGAUUACCUCUGAGGCCCAGGUUCUUGAUGAUACAGAAGAGGCAAAGCACACAGCUGUGGUUGUUAAUGAACUGUCUAAGGAGAUCUCAUGCAUUCUUGUUGCCCAUCCACUAAAUGCAAAGUGGGCUGCUGAAGGAAAGAACAUUACCAAUGUUCCUCAAUUUGAAAAGAUACAUGGGCUCUGGCCAUGCAUGGUUGCUCCUACCAAGAUUAUUGCUGGAUUGGGUUUGGCACUUGGGAUUGAUGUUCUAGAAGCUCCUGAAGCAACAGGAGACUACCGGACAAUAUUAACAUCCAAACCAACUGCCAAAGUCAAGACACUCUCAGCUCCUCUUCAAUCUUGCCUCAAUAUUUUUGUACCUGGAGAAGAUGAGCAUAAGCCUGGUAAGAUCUGA